AUGUCCUCUCCUCAAGCCGAAGCGAUACGCCGCAAUCCGGCCUUGUUGACGAAGCUCGCUGCGCCGAAUGAACCUGUGCGCGCAUGGGACGGCCUGAGUGGGGCACUCGUGAACGAUCACAUAUACGUUACCAGUCCUAAUUGUACACUCCUUUAUGAACCUCCGCUGGGAGUAAACCGAGAGAUGUGGAUGAGGAACGAUUUCAGGUAUGGUGACGAUGACCCUAUGUCGUGGCCACAACCUUACUGCGGAGCACGCCCGCAUUUGCCAUGCGUUCGACUAUGUGAAAGAGAUGCAUGUGAUCCAGAUCUUCCUCUCUUUACGCUACCAUUAUUCAAAGAUUUCGAGGAGCUGGACCGCUCUUCCCUGAUCCGGGGGCCGGGUUUGUGGGCUGCCAAACCCAGACGCCUCUUUCAAGAGCGCUGCAGGGCCAUUAUGCAACGAUGCAAAGCAACGGUCCGUGCAGACCAGGCUUCCACUGCUGCGGCAGACCGAGCUGACCAACUUAUGGGAUACGCAAGCAUGUUCCUAGAGCGGUUGAGCAGCCUCCCACUUACGUACCACAGGCUAUGUCUAUGCGUGGCGGAAACACAAAGAUUGGUGCUCGAAGUGGAAGCGAUCUGGAAAUUCUUUUCCCACCUUCGCCCAAAGUUCACUGGCCCGGUUCAGAUCAACAUUCACCAAGCAGAUGUGGACAUGGUAGGAUGCUUCACUACCGACAUAGGCAUUGCCCAACAAUUCGUUUGCGCUGGAGUCCCAGUUUGGUUGCUCCGAUCGCUCGACACCCUUCCUCAUACUCGAAUCGAUCGGCAGGGAAUAUUGCACAACACUCGGAGCCGCGUUCACAUGGGCACAUGCCCUCUUCGUCUCCCAUCGGUGUACAUUGGUUCAUCUGAUGAUGAAGAGAAAUACAAGGUGUUUGACCGCUUCAUGCAAUCACACCUAGGAGCACCGAAUGUAUUCCUGUGGACGCCAGGACAACAGCGGUCGGCCCAUACAUUGAAAGCCCCAUUGAGGGUGGGGCGUGGCCCUGUAGAUGCCAUCUAUCAUCCUUACCACCCUGAGCCUGGGCGGUCCAGAAGGGGAAACCUAAAACCUCAGAGCCUCAACAGAUUCGUGCUGAUCGAUCAUGAACUCCUGCCGGAGAUUAGCCCCCCUUGGAAAGAUGGUCUUCUCUCGAUCGAUGCCAGCAAGGACAGAAUCAAUGUUCCCGCUGCACCUUUUGCUUUUCCACGACCAGAUCUGUUUGUUACGAUCACCGAGCCUUCGAAACGGAUGAGUGCGAUAAGUAGUUGGCUGAGGCUUCGCCCGGGCCACCUGGCGAUGCAAGUGCCUUCGUACAGACCAGCGAAACUGAGCCACCAAAUGUGGAGGACCAUUCUCAGCUACGACUGGGUAGGCCGAUCGGCAGAACGUGAUCGGGUGAGGGGAAGAGAUACGAAGCGUCGAGAGCUCGCGCUCAAGUUUCUCGAGGGUUGUCUUGAUGAGUUAUCCAUGACGGAAGAAGUCACCGGGGCAGCGAACUGGUAUGGAAAGCCAACUGCUGACCUCGCUAAGGAGAAUAUGCAUGAGAUCCUGUGGGAGCUUGCGGAACGAGGGUUUCGGCUGGAAUUCCUAUCCUUGGACAAACACUUGAGGGAGAUCGAUCGGGAGACUGAUGUUCGCAAGCACCUGCGUCAUUUGGGCCAUUGUUUCCCUCGGGGGCAGUAUGACCAAUGCUGGAACGUAGAUCUUUCAGAGGCGAACCACGGCCUAGGGGAGACCAGCUGGAUGUGCCGAGCUCCUUAUGUGUGCUCCAUGCGCCGUGUCAUGAGUAAAUGGAAGGCAUGCCCGGAGAGUAUAAGCACUGAAAGGGGAAAGUAUACAGACGAAGCAGUGAGGUCUUUGGAGUUCGAAAUGGCCAAGUUCUACUGCGACAGUUUCUACGUCACUUUUGGCCGUGCACCCACGUUGCCGAGAUGGAUGGAACAUACACCCGCUGUGGUCGGUGAUUUUCCUGAACGUGCUGUGGCACUGACCCAGUCCUCCGGUUAUUACAUGGAUCUCACAGAAUGGGAGUCGCCCUACUGA